UCAUCUAAAAGCCUAUUCUUACUUCUAGAGUUUUUUUAUAUAAUUAUAAUAUCUAUUUGAAAUCGAUUUCUUUUCGAUACCCAUUCGAUCAUGUCAUAAAUUAACUUACUGGUUAGAACUCGAGCCGUAAUAUCUAGACGAACAAGUGUAAUAAAAUACUCUGUCAAAAUGUCAGUCAAAAAUCCAAUGUGAAUUUUAUUUGACGAUAAAAAUAUUCAGACGAAUAUGAAUUCCAAGUUUUUUGUUACGUUCGCAUUUUUUCUGACCAAUUUUAAACUUUGCCAAAGUAAAAGAUAUGAUAACUUUACUCUGUUCGGAGUUACACCGAUUGAAGUUGAUCAUUUGAAGUUUCUGCAGAAUUUGGAAAAAAAAAAGUACAUAGACAUGAUCUUCUGGAGGAGACCUAUUAAACUAUAUUAUGACGUGCAGUUUAUAGUAAAUCCAACAGAUAAGGAUCUGUUUAAAGAGAGAGCAGCGCAUUUUAGAAUGAAGGCAGAGAUGUUAAUACCCGAUAUUCAACAGGCUUUUGACAAACAAACAAUACAAAGAUACCAACGUUUGAAAGUCGAGUCUUUUUCCUUCAAUUUUUAUCAUUAUUUAGAAGAUAUUUAUCAAUGGCUAACUGACAUAGCAUUGAAAUUUCCGAACAUAACCGAAUUGUUCAAUAUUGGCAAAUCUGCCGAAGGGAGAGAAAUAUAUGUUCUUGAGAUUAAAAGACCAGGAGCGAAUGGGACGGCUAUAGUUGAAGGUGGAAUACAUGGAAACGAAUGGAUCUCAAUCGAAUUUGUAACUUAUCUAGCGCACCAAUUAGUCUACAGCAAUGAAACAGGGAACGGUCGGCUGUCAGAUGUAGCAUACAAAUAUAAUUGGUUUCUAAUACCGAUUGUAAAUCCGGAUGGUUAUGAUUUUACUCAAAAAGUUGAUCGACUGUGGAAAAAAAAUAGACGUAAUGUGGUUGGAGUAUUUGGCGUUGAUUUAAACAGGAAUUUCGACUACAGUUUUGGAACGUACUCUGCCAGUAACAGUCCUAACGAUGAAGGGUACUGCGGCACCUCGCCUUUCUCUGAACCCGAGACGAAGGCGUUGGCAGAUUUUAUUACUGCCAAAAAGGAAAACCUCAAGUUUUACUUCUCUAUCCAUGGUUAUGGCCAGAAGAUUGUAAUACCUUAUUCUGAUAGAAUAAAACAUGUAGAUAAUUAUAAUGAACUGGAAAAUUACGGGAAACAAGCGAUAGUGAAAAUGUAUAAAUUAUUUGGCACCAAAUAUGACGUUGGUACAUUCUACGACACUUUAGGCCUUCGACUUUCUGGAAAUAGCGCUAGUUGGGUGAAGAAAACUUUCAACGUUAAACAUGUCUUCACGCUCUUACUACGGGACAAUGGAACUUAUGGCUACGCACUUCCUCCAGAACAGAUACUGCCAACCUGUAAGGAGGCUGUGGUCGGCAUGGUUGAAUUAAUGACAGCCCGACCAAAACGCGUACGAGCUAACCUCUUCAAUUCGGCAACUGUUGAUGAAGUCUCAAGUAAUCUACUAUUUAUUCUCUUAGGCUUAUCAAACAAUGUAUUUUCUAAAUCUCCAAUUUUAAUAUCGAUGAAAAUGAUGAUACUGAGGUUAACACUUAUAUUAAUAAUGAUAUUACUGCAAACAAAAAAAUGUUUGUCAAAAAAAUAUGACAAUUACACGUUAUAUCGGGCGAUACCAGUGGACGAGAGACAUUUGAAUUUUUUCACGAAUUUGAGUGAAACUUAUAAUGUAAAUUUUUGGAGAAAUCCUGGACUAGUUUACAGACCUGUGGAGUUUAUAAUCGCUCCUGAAGACAUAAAGGCAUUUUCGAGAGAAGUUAAUGCAUCUGGUAUAUAUUUGACUACAAUCAUUCCGGAUGUACAAAGAGCUUUUGAUACGCAAAUAGUGAAACCAUAUAUCAGAAGAAACACGGAAUCAUUUGAUUGGCAAGGUUUUUACCGAUUAAAUGAUAUUUAUAAUUGGCUAAUUGAUCUUAGCAAGUUAUAUCCGGCAGAGGUGCAAUUGCAAAGUAUAGGACGAACUUAUGAAAAUCGAGAUAUACUAACAGUAAGAAUAGUAUUGAAAGGGAGUAAAAUGAGAUCAAGAGUAAUCAUUGAAGGUGGGAUUCAUGCUAGAGAAUGGAUAUCGCCAGCGUUUGUCACAUAUUUAAUUAACGAGAUUAUACAUUCACCAUAUUCAAAUAACGAAGAACUGAAGAAUAUAGCUAUGACUUAUGAAUGGUAUUUCAUACCAGUGGUAAACCCUGACGGAUAUGAAUAUAGCCAUAGGGAGGACAGAUUAUGGAGAAAAAAUCGUCACAACGGUUUGGCCGGGGUUGAUUUGAAUAGAAAUUUUGGCACUGCUUUCGGAACUAUUGGUGUAAGCUUAAAUAAGAAGUCUGAUAUAUACUGUGGCUCAUCGGCAUUCUCAGAGAAGGAAACCCAGGCUGUCUCGAAUUUCAUUCGUUCAAAAAGUGAAAACUUGGAGUACUACAUAGGUUUUCAUUCAUACGGCCAAUAUAUGAUAAUACCGUACGCUCACAUGAGGAAUCACGUUGGAAAUUUUGAGGAAGUGAAAUUAAUGGGAGAGGAAGCAGCACGAAAGAUAUAUCAGAAAUAUGGAACCACUUAUACAGUGGGUACAGCGUAUGAUACCGUAGGAUAUAUGACAUCAGGGGUCAGUGGAUGUUGGGUCAAAGAAACUUUUGAUGUACCAUACGUUAUUACUUUCGAAUUACGUGAUGACGGACAAGAAGGCUUUGCUUUAUCGCCCAAUCAAAUUAUACCAACAUGCACUGAGACAAUGGAUGGAGUCAUAUCCUUGCUGAAGCCCAGAACAAAUAAAUAUACCAAACUGUAUAUAUCCCAAUCGCGAAGUACUAAGCAUAAGCUUUUAAAGAUCGUUGUUUUGUUAUGGAAUUUUCUAUUAUUUAUUAUAUUAAAUUGUUAUUGAUUUGUAUGAAUAAUAAAAUCAUUGCUCUUGUUGCCGAAA